AUGAGCCCUGCCCCGGAACCUCCGCAGACGAAGAAACGCGAAUCGCGUGCUGGAGCACGGAAAGUGACGUCGCUCUCUGCCGAGCAACUAGAAAGGAAGCGUGCCAAUGACCGUGAGGCUCAAAGAACCAUUCGUCAGCGGACAAAGGAGCAUAUCGAGCGUCUAGAGCAUCAGGUGGCGGAGCUGAAAAUCAAAGGCGACCGAUUCGACGAGAUAGUCCGACGAAAUACCGCCAUGGAGAUGGAGAUUCGUUCCUUAAGACACCAAUUAGCCUUGGCCACAGGCAGGCAGGGUCAUCCGAGCCUGGAUGGCUCAUACAGCACUCCCUCCGGGUCCAUGCUACCUUCACCUCAUCUCCCGGACUCCUUGAGCUUGAAUCCAGCUUCCAGGGCAGCUUCCGUGCUGUCCACAUCAAGUCGAACAUCCAUAGCUCCCGAGUGGCAACCAUACGGUUCAGCUCGGACAUCUUCUGUAGGGGACCCCUCGGACACAAACUACGGGGCUAGGCUCGAGCCAUAUGUCUAUGAAAGUCACAUUCAAGCGCCCAACCCGCUACCGGUCGCUUCAGCCCAUAUUGGUUACAAUCCUUCCCUCUGUGCACAACCGACCCAGCCUCCUGAUUCGGGUUAUCCGCCUUAUCCGCAGGGCUACCACCCCGAGGCUAUCCGUGGUCUCGGGCAGGAGGGCUCACACCACGCCCAACCCCAAAUACCCUGUAUUCCGGGUCAACGAUCGAUGUCGGUGCCGACUUGUUCUUCAGAAAGAGAAUCAUCGGGGUAUCCUGUUGUCCAGGCACCACAGCAAUAUCACGAGCAUACCAUUUCGUCCCAUUCGACACAGUCGAGGAACGCGUAUAGCUAUGACUGGAGCCAUCAUCAAUCUUGA